AUUUCUCUUCCUUGACCGAUCGCAAGCCUUUGCUUCCUCUUCGAUUCUUCGCCUUCGUUCCCCUUCUUCUUCCCCGUCACAUCGAGAGAUUGUCUACGAGGAUGAGGAAAUCGUGUCUUUGAUCCCCUUAUCUAAGUAUCCGUGUCCAAGCUGUGCACCUGAGGAGCUGACACACACUUAUCUAGAAACCCUAGCGGAGAAAUCGAAGUUGAAGAUGUUGAUGAUAAAGGCGUGAUCUUGAAUAAGUUGGAAGCUUUUUGUGGGACUGAAAGAAGGUAACCAUGUACAUUGCUCGCGAGUUUUCAAAGUUAUGGAAGAGGGUUUGCACGGAAACGGCUGUGGAGUGGAAACUUCUCCAGGAGAAAUGGAAGUUGUUGCUCGCCGGGCUUGUUUUUCAGUAUAUCCAUGGGCUUGCUGCGCGAGGAGUUCACUAUCUUCACCAGCCUGGACCUGUUCUUCAGGAUGUUGGUUUCAUGAUCCUCCCGGAACUCGGGAAAGAAAGAGGAUAUGUUAGUGAGAAUACAUUUGCCACUAUCUUCAUCUCUUUUUUCUUGUGGACUUUUCAUCCUUUCAUUUCUCAUAGCAAACGUUUCUACACAGUUCUGAUCUGGCGUAGAGUGCUGGCAUUUUUAGUUUUUUCUCAGGCUCUGCGGAUCAUUACAUUCUAUUCAACUCAGCUUCCUGGACCUAACUAUCAUUGUCGUGAGGGUUCUGCACUUGCUAAGCUGCCUAAACCAGAUAGUAUAUUUGAGGUCCUUCUCCUAAACUUUCCACGAGGAGUUCUGUAUGGCUGCGGGGAUUUGAUAUUUUCAUCUCACAUGAUAUUUACGUUAGUUUUUGUGCUGACGUAUCAGAAGUAUGGAUCGAAAAGGUUUGUCAAGUUCCUCGCAUGGUUGAUAGCUGUUAUACAAAGCCUUCUUAUUAUAGCUUCUCGCAAACACUAUACAGUAGAUGUUAUUGUUGCUUGGUAUACUGUUAAUUUGGUUGUGUAUUUCCUCGACAAUAAACUUCCUGAAAUGCCGGACCGGACUAGUGGAACCCAACCUUUGCUACCAACGAACACCAAAUGGAAAGAAAAUAAAUCUGGUGAUCUCGUUGAUUGGAGGCUGAGAGUGCAAAUGACCGGAAAGCAUUUAGAUGAUGAAGAUCUUCCUUUGACUGAGACAAACAUGAAUGCAACAUAGUUGUUACUGAAAUACUUGAAUACCGACGGUGUCUAUAUCGUCAGCCCGAAGGGCAUAGGUCAACCUAAACUGUAGCUUUUUCGAGUAAAAGAUAGAAAUAGGCCUUCUUGGUGUAGUUUUUUUUUUUUACUCAAUGGCAUGUAAAUGAAUUGAGCUCAAGUUCAUCUAAGGUAAAAUCUUUUUUCUUUUUGCUUCA